AUGCGGAUCACUCAAAUUAUCAAAGUGGGUGCGGCUCUUGCGGCUGCUUUCCUUGCGUACCCCUGCCUAGCCCAAGGAACUAUUCUAGGGUCGAGGUGCCAGUGCUGGAAAGGGUGGAGCAUCUGCCCAUCUGCAGCUUUGCCAACAACUGCGACAGGGGAGACCGCCAAAGGCUGGUCCGAGUAUCGUCGAUCCUCUCAACAUUGCUCUGCCCUCUUUGGGAUUCGUCAAAGAUUUGUUGAUUGGUGGGAGAACAGCCAGGGGCGUGCCAACAUUUACACAGACUCACCAUUAAUCUCUCCAACAGUAACUCCGCCCCGAAAAGUUUCUGCGCUGAAUCAUGUUGGGGACUUAUUUGAGGUUAAAGGGGCAAUCUCAAGCAUCCAUCAAAACACCUUACCUUCCCUUGGCACGGACCCGAGCUUCCUCGGCUUCUUUGGUGCGAUCGAAGGGCUCUCCCUCCCAAACCUGACGGAUUUCCAGAAAUUGCAGGUUCACUCCGACCUGCCGCUCGAUUGCGGUCCGCUCGACGACAGAUUCGAGCCGAUUGUAACCGAGACCGUGGAGGUCGAGAGGGCACGCCCAGGGGCGUAUUCGUGUAACUCGAUAGCCGCCAACGACGAAACGACCACCUCGAAGCCGGUCUUCGCUGGUAUCGUGGCCGCGGCGAUGGUUGCCGGUCUAGCGCUCUGGUAG